AAAUGCUUUCUUCUCCUGUUUGGCGAAAUCCGAAAGGCAAGGAGGGAGUGGGAGAGACAGAGGAGCGAUGGGGAAGGAGGAGCUGACGGAUGAGCAGGUGGCGUCGAUGCGGGAAGCCUUCACCCUGUUCGACACGGACGGGGACGGGCGGAUCGCCGCGUCGGAGCUGGGGAUCCUGAUGCGCUCCCUGGGCGGUAACCCAACGCAGGCCCAACUGAAGGAGAUCGCCGCCUCGGAGGGCCUCACCGCCCCUUUUGACUUCCCCCGCUUCCUCGACCUCAUGCGGAAGCACCUUCGCCCGGAGCCCUUCGAUCGACAGCUCCGCGACGCUUUCCGCGUCCUCGACAAGGACUCCACCGGCACCGUCGCCGUCGCCGACCUCCGCCACGUCCUCACCAGCAUUGGCGAGAAGCUGGAGCCUGACGAGUUUGAUGAGUGGAUCCGUGAGGUAGACGUCGCCGCCGAUGGCACCAUCCGCUACGAGGAUUUCAUCCUCCGCAUGGUCGCCAAGUGAUCCGUCAGAUCCCAUCAAUUUCCAGGUCGGAAACCCUACGAUUCCUGGCUCAGGGUUUCUUUCCGAGCACAGAAUUGUCUCAAGAACUGAGCAUGAACGAUGAGUUGGUAUUGCUGAAUGGUUUGCUAUAUUUUGUCGAGCACUGAAUCAAACUUGGUUGUGUUAUUAAUGGCAGUUAAGUGAACAUCUUGAGUGGCUAUCUAUAACUUGUGUUGCUUUGCUCACUCUUAUAUUAUUUAUAAUGGUUUGAAAGUAUUGAUAAAUAUACACAAAUGCAUCAGUUACUCAA